GCCGUAAAGCGCUGUGUUUUGGACAGGGGGAGGUCAUUAGAAAGUGAGGGGAAGAACGGGCCGUCCGUCGGGGAACAGAGUCAGACCGUGCCAGCGUAUCUCUCAUGCCUGUGUGAGGAACACUACAUUAUUCAACAGCUCUGUCUAGUAUUCCAACAGCUGCGAAAUGCUUCGUCUGAUCCUGCGGCUCCGGCCGGCCUCUGGGCUGCCCUGUCCCCGUGCCCUCCCGACCGGGCCUGCAGCGCUCGGCUCCCGCUCCGCGCCCGGAACCGGCUGUCUGAGGCGGCUUCACCGCGGAGCGGGGUCCCGGACAGCGUGCCCGAGCUCCGGCCUCGCCCGCAGAGCGACCCUGCUGCUGCGGUGUCCCCCGCUGGCAGGCGGCUGUCGUGCCCAGCGCUUCUACAGCCUCCCGCCGCACCAGAAGGUGGAGCUUCCCGCACUGUCGCCCACCAUGCAGACGGGAACGAUCGCUCGCUGGGAGAAGAAGGAGGGCGAGAAAAUUGGCGAGGGGGACCUCAUAGCUGAGGUGGAGACUGACAAGGCCACCGUAGGUUUUGAGAUGCUGGAGGAGUGCUAUCUGGCAAAGAUCCUGGUUCCAGAGGGGACCAGAGAAGUCGUCGUUGGGUCGGUUAUCUGCAUCACGGUCGACGACCCCGACCUCAUCGCAGCCUUUAAGGAUGUAACGUUGGACUCUCUUAAAGCAGCCGGCGCCGCUCCUUCACCAGCUGCCUCUGCUCCUCCUCCUCCUCCUCCUGCCGCUGCUGCUGCUUCUCCUCCUGCAGCCCCCGGCAGCUCGUACCCCACACACAUGAAGGUCGCACUUCCCGCCCUCUCUCCCACCAUGACGAUGGGAACAGUGCAGCGCUGGGAGAAGAAGGUCGGAGAGAAGCUGAGCGAAGGAGAUCUGCUGGCUGAGAUCGAGACCGACAAGGCGACCAUCGGCUUUGAGGUGCAGGAGGAGGGAUAUUUGGCCAAAAUCCUGGUUCCAGAGGGAACUCGGGACGUCCCCCUGGGAGCACCGCUCUGCAUCAUCGUAGAGAAAGAAAGUGACAUCGCUGCCUUCAAGGAUUAUGUAGAAACUGGAGUGGCAGAGGUUUCCACACCUCCUCCGGCUCCAGCACCAGCAGCGGCUGCAGCUCCAGUUGCUCCCUCGGUCGCUGCCCCAGCAGCACCCAGAAAGGGACGUGUGUUCGCCAGCCCGCUCGCCAGGAAACUGGCCUCUGAUAAAGGAAUUGACCUGGCACAGGUCAGCGGUUCUGGUCCUGAUGGACGAGUCACCAGGAAAGAUAUUGACAGUUUUGUUCCACCAAAGCCUGCACCUGCCAAAGCUGCUGCUCCCGCUCCAGUCGCCGCUGCAGCUGCUCCUGCUCCUGCACCUGCUGCUGCUCCAGCUGGGACCUUCACCGACAUCCCCAUCAGCAACAUCCGCAAGGUCAUCGCUCAGAGGUUGAUGCAGUCGAAGCAAACCAUCCCCCACUAUUAUCUGUCUGUAGAUGUCAACAUGGACCAAGUGCUUGAGCUUCGCCAGGAGCUCAAUGUGGAAGUAAAGACCCAGAAUAUCAAACUCAGUGUGAAUGACUUCAUCAUCAAAGCCAGCGCUCUGGCCUGCCUCAAGGUUCCCGAGUGUAACUCCUCCUGGAUGGACACGGUCAUUCGCCAGAAUCACGUGGUGGACCUCAGUGUAGCAGUGAGCACAGCCAACGGUCUGAUCACGCCCAUCGUGUUUAAUGCCCACACCAAAGGACUGGCCGCCAUCAGCUCCGAUGUGUCGGCUCUCGCUGCCAAAGCGAGAGACGGCAAACUGCAACCGCACGAGUUCCAGGGAGGAACGUUCACAAUCUCUAACUUGGGGAUGUUUGGCGUCAAGAACUUCUCCGCGAUAAUCAACCCUCCUCAGUCCUGCAUCCUCGCCGUUGGAGGCUCCGAGAAACGACUGAUGCCUGCCGAUAAUGAGAAAGGGUUCGACGUAGCCAGCAUGAUGUCCGUGACACUGAGCUGUGACCACCGGGUGGUGGACGGCGCAGUCGGCGCGCAGUGGCUCGCAGAGUUCCGCAAGUUCCUGGAGAAACCCGUCACCAUGCUGUUGUGAUCGGACUGUACUGCACAUCUAGACUGCAGCCGCAAGCCGAGGCCCCUCGCCGAAGCAAUCCUACUGGUCUGAACCAGUGUGGAUCCUCCUGCGAUUGGCCAGCCUGCCACCAGGUCACUCCCAGUUACCCCCGAAGAGGACGAGGCAGACCUCACUCUGCUUACCUGUCUGUCUCUCUGCCGCUCCUGUCUGUCUCACUCUCCUCUCGCUGUCUCACUCAUCCUAUUUAUUGAGGCCUCAUCUGAUGACAGAACAGAAUUAGGUUUAAUUUAUCCUAGAAUAGAGACAUGGCCAUAUGUCACUAAAACACCAAUGUUUUUAAAGGGAAGUGUUACAUGACCACCCAGCGACCAGAUUCAUCCCAAAACCUGUGUGUGUGUGUGUGUUUGUGUGUGUGCGUGUGUGUUUCUACACACACUUCUCUGUGUGGUUGUGAUGCAGACAACGGUAGGUACAUCAAUGUCUUUGAGUUUUUUGAGUAAAUGGUUGUGGGACAAGAGGAUGGAGUUAAAUGUUAGUUUGGUAGUCCACACACACACACACACACACACACACACACACACACACACACACACACACACACACACACACACACACACACACACACACACACACACACACACACACACACACACACACACACACACACACACACCUCUGUCCCUGUCCAGUGAUCACACAGUUGAAAGUUUUAGUGUGCUCCCUGUGAGUUGAUGCUACAGUGUGUAUAUUGUUCACUGUAGCAUGAACAAAGUGCUGUAUAUAUAAACAUAUAUAUAUAUAUGGUGGUGAGCCUCCGAUGAGGCCUCACCAUGUAGUGAAUAUCUGUACAGACCUGAAUGAAAACAACGCUCUUAAAAGAAAUAGCUCAAACGGUUUUGCCAACUCUCUCUCUUCAGUGAGGUUGUUUUACUUCCUAAUCUCAGAGUAAAACACUUACCGUUGAAAUAUUCUGUAUUUCACAGCUGUUACGCACAAAGCUGGUGCUGGAUAUUAUUUGUUAUUUGAAUAAAUUGGGAGAAGUCAACCAUGUACCACAGGA